AUGUCGGACCCGCCCACCGAGGACGAGACGGUAGCCAUAGCGCGCAAUAUCGAUAACGCGCCGGAGCCGAAAGAGUCGGACGAGUGCCCGAAGUCCGACCCACCAGAGCAGCCCGCAACUCCAGAGCUCACCUCAGAUGAGACCAUCCCAGAACCACGCACCAUCGACACUGCUAUUUCCGCGCUCGCACCAGAAAGCACACAUGAAGCAGUCGUAGAACCAUCGACCGAAACCCAAAGUACAGAAAAUGCCUCCGCUGAAGUAAGCAACUCGCAGCAGGCUGCACCAUCUUCACAUGGUGCCGCGCAACAACGAACUUCAUGGAUCUCCAACCGUCGCAGCGCAUCGUUCGUCCGAUAUCUCGAAGAUUAUGCGCCCGAAGUUAUCACGUUUCCGAACCCUCCUCCCAGACCUUCGGUAUCACCCGACAAUGCAACAAAGACCCCGUCCCGACCACUGAAGCGCAAGCAUUCCUUUGUGCGAAUAUCGACCAAUGAGGAUGGCACAGCACGUAUCGUCACCGAUCUUGACAAAACCCCAUCGCCGCCUAAAUCAAAAAAGACUCCGUCUUCCUUUUCUCGUGCUGCUGCUGGCCUGCGACGGAGCUACAGUGCAGCUGGUUUGAAUGACCGCCUAGCCGCUGCCGCCCGAGGUGAGCCGAGCCCAAAGGUACCAAGGACGACAUCGAACAUAGGAAGGAGCAGGGAUUCGCGCGCGUGGGAGUUCUGGUGUGAUCCAGAGAGCCGAUCAACAACCAGCCUGACAACGCGUGCGGAACAAGAGGAGAGUGGCAGCGCAGCUGACGCGAUUGGAAUACUACGCGCGAACCGAAGGAUAUUAGCCCAGAAUCAGGCUCGCCAGAAUAGCAGUCCGCUGAUGGCACGCCACAGCUCGCACAAAGUACAGGGCAGUCCGCUCGUCAAGAAGUCCCGUGGUGCAAUGCAACGCGCCUCGACUAUCAACGGCCGCUUUUCCAACAAUGACUAUACCGACUACAAGAAGGGUGAUGAGAGUACAGAGUCGGAUGACUUCCCGCAAACCGAAAGCGACAAGGAGAACUGGGAGCCCGACGCGCCAAAGUCGUCUGUGCGACGGGACCGUCAGGUCGCCGCUACGCCUCCUGCUUCCCGGACAGCUCGUCGGAUACUGGGAGAAAACACGGACCUAAUGUCACAGACGUCAAGUCUUGGUGCGAUGUUAGCCAAAGACAAGCGGAAAGGCGGCAAGAGUAUUGUAGACCCCGAGCAGGACGAUGAGCUGCGGGAGUUUAUGCAUGGUGACGACGCGAGUGGUCGUUCAAGCAUAAACUCAGCAGAAGAGGCAGGGUGUGUGGAGGGCCUGCUGAAGCUAAGCCAGGGUCAGUGGAGGUGA